UGCUGUGGUUUGAGCUCAGCAUGGCUGUAGUCAUCCGUUUACUGGGGCUUCCUUUUGUUGCGGGGCCUGUGGAUAUUCGUCACUUCUUCACGGGAUUGACUAUUCCUGAUGGAGGAGUGCAUAUAAUUGGAGGGGAAAUUGGGGAGGCAUUUAUUGUUUUUGCAACAGAUGAAGAUGCAAGACGUGCCAUAAGUCGUUCAGGAGGGUUUAUCAAGGAUUCAUCUGUAGAGCUCUUUCUUAGCAGUAAGGCAGAAAUGCAGAAGACUAUCGAAAUGAAAAGAACUGAUCGCAUAGGAAGAGAGCGACCAGGAUUUGGGGCAUCAGGGGUUGGCUGCUUAUCUAAUUUUGUUGAGGGUUUUAAAGAAGAAGCACGUAAUUCUGGAUAUGGCUCUCCGAUUAAUCAAGAUGCUGGGUUUCAUACUAAUGGUACAGGACAUGGAGAUAUAAGGCCAAGAAAGACACGGCCAUUGAAGGCAGAGAAUCCUUACUUGUUUCUACGAGGUUUGCCUUACUUAGUAAAUGAAGAUGAUGUACAUGUCUUUUUCUCUGGUUUGUGUGUGGAUGGAGUAAUUUUCUUAAAACAUCAUGAUGGCCGAAAUAACGGUGAUGCCAUAGUGAAAUUUGCUUCAUGUAUUGAUGCUUCAGGAGGUCUUAAGUGUCAUAGAAGUUUUAUGGGUUCAAGAUUCAUAGAAGUAAUGCAGGGCUCAGAACAGCAGUGGAUUGAGUUUGGUGGUAGUGCAGUUGAGGGUGACAUUCCUAUGAGAAUUGAAGAACAUUCUUCACCGAGAGGAAUAAAUGAUAGACAUUUUCGAAAAGUGUCUCAUUCAAAAUCUCCCAGAAGAACACGUUCUCGCUCCCCUCUCGGAUUUUAUGUUCACCUAAAAAAUCUGUCCCUAAGUAUUAACAAAAGAGAUUUAAGAAAUUUCUUUAGAGAUACUGAUCUGACUAAUGAACAGAUUAGGUUUUUAUAUAAAGAUGAAAGAAGAACAAGAUAUGCCUUUGUGAUGUUCAAGACACUGAAAGACUAUAACACUGCUCUGGGUUUACAUAAGACUGUUUUACAAUAUCGUCCAGUACUUGUUGAUCCAAUUUCUAGAAAACAAAUGCUGAAGUUCAUUGAAUGUUAUGAAAAGAAAAGACCAGCGUCAAUAGAGAAAGAGAGGCUUGGACAUAGUUCACAAAAAUAUUCUCAAGAAGGCUACUCUGGCCAGAAACUGUGCAUAUAUAUAAGAAAUUUUCCAUUUGAUGUUACGAAAGUUGAAGUACAAAAGUUCUUUGCAGACGUUUCUCUUGCUGAGGAUGACAUUUACUUGCUUUAUGAUGACAAAGGAGUUGGUUUGGGAGAAGCACUGGUGAAAUUCAAAUCUGAAGAACAGGCCAUGAAAGCUGAACGUUUAAACCGUCGAAGAUUCUUGGGGACAGAAGUAUUGUUAAGACUUAUAUCUGAGGCACAAAUGCAGGAGUUUGGUGUAAAUUUUUCCUUGCUGUCCAGUAAGAGAAUGCAAGGCCAUUCACAGUCAUGUGAUAGGGAUGAGGGUUCCUAUUCAUUUGGCUCAAAUGAUCCACCAGUAUACACAGUGGGCCUUUCUGAAAACUUCAGGCAUCAGCAGGAGGACUUGAGGCAACUGGACAAUUUCAAGCAUCCCCAGGGGGACUUCCGACAGUCUGAUAGGUGCUCUCCAGAAGACUUUAGACAUUCCCCAGAGGACUUCAGGUGCUCCCCAGAAGACUUCCGGUGCCCUAGGCCUUCUGAAGACGACUUCAGAUGCCCUUGGGAGGAGGACUUCAGGCACUCUAGGGAGGAGGACUGGAGGCUGCCGCCUGAGGAGGAUUUCAGGCGGUCUCCCAAGGAGGACUUCAGGCGAUCCCUUGAGGAGGACUGGAGGCGGCCCCCCGAGGAGGACUGGAGGCGGCCCCCCGAGGAGGACUGGAGGCGGCCACCUGAGGAGGAUUGGAGGCGGCCACCUGAGGAGGAUUGGAGACGCCCCCCUGAGGAUGACUUCAGACGGCUUCCCCAGGGGGAAUGGAGGCGACCACCUAAGGAAGACUUCAGGCGGCCCCCUGGGGAGGAUUUUAGGCGACUUCAGGAGGAAGACUUAAGGCAACCUUCUGAAGAAGACUUCAGGCGGCCCCCUGAGGAUGACUUCAGGCAUUCUCCUGAGGAGGGUUUCAGAUGUUCUCCUGAGGAGGACUUCAGGCGGCCGGCCCUGGAGCGCUUCCGGAGGCCACCCCAGGAGCACUUCCGGCAGCCACCCCAGGAGCACUUCCGGCGGCCACCUCAGGAGCAUUUCAGACGGCCUCCCCAGGAGCAUUUCAGGCGCCCUCUCGAGGAAGGUUUCAGGCGCCCACCUGAUGAAGAUUUCAGGGGCCCUCCUGAUGAGGACUUCAGGAGCCCCCAGGAAGAAGAUUUUAGAUGCACUUCUGAUGAGGACUUCAGGCGGCUCCCAGAGGAAGACCUCAGAGAAGCUCUGGAGGAGGACCCUAGACUUCCUGACGAUUUUAGACCUCCUGGUGAGGAGUUUAGAAGCCCACCUGAUGAUUUUAGAACUCAUCGUCCUUUUGUGAAUUUUAGUCGCCCAGAAGGUAGCAAGUUUGAUUUUGGAAAGCGUAAUAUGGGAAGUUUUCCUGAGGGGAGAUUUAUGCCUGAUCCAAAAUUAAAUUGUAGUUCAGGUAGAGUAACACCUAUUAAGGUAAUGAAUCUUCCGUUUAAAGCUAACAUUAAUGAAAUUCUAGACUUUUUCCAUGGUUAUAGAAUCAUACCUGAUUCAGUUUCGAUCCAGUAUAAUGAGCAAGGAUUACCUACAGGGGAAGCCGUUGUUGCUAUGAUAAACUAUAAUGAAGCUAUGGCUGCUAUUAAAGAUCUAAAUGAUAGGCCAGUUGGCCCGCGCAAAGUUAAGUUAAUUUUGCUCUAGAGAGUACUUAUAAAUUCAGUUACCUCCCCACAGUAUUGUUGCGGUAAAAUGCAUUUGUUUGUGUUUAUUUUCAAUUAUCUAACGAAGAGAAACAUUUUAAAUUUGACCUGUGAAUAGAACAAAUGUAAAUAGUAGAAUGUGAAUCUAGUUUUCUUUUGCUUGCAAAUUGCCGUUUACUUUUUUUAAUUUAAAAUUAUAUAUGCUUUUUUUUGACAUUGGGGGAGAGGAUUAAUUCCCUGAGUGCAUUAAUUUUUGUUGAUGUCAUGGGUAAACCUCAAGACCUGUAUAAAGUAGAGCUGUAUUGGGGGAAGAUAAAUUUUAUAUUCAUAUUUGUUUGCAUUCUGUAGUCAGUCUACAGCUUUUACUCAAAAUGUAUAAGGAAAUGAUCAGUAACUGAUCAGGUUUAGCAUAUUCAUUGCUAACUGCCUGCAGAAUUAAUGCCUUCUUUCUUGUCUGAGAUAUUACUGUAUUAAGCCUCCCAUUAAUUAUAAAUAGUUUUAAACGAACUGACUGUGAACUUGAAAUUUACUUGUGUAAAAAGUUUAGGAGAUUCUUAGUUUCCAUGUUCAUAACUUGCAAAGUUUUAUAAAAAUAAAACAAAUUGCAACUGAAUAGA